AAUCAUCCAGGCCCUUCUCUUUUUGGACUCCACUCCAUAGCUUUAGGGCAGCCCUGUCCUCUAACUGCUCAUCCAUUGUACAGCCCCCAAAAUAUUGCCAGGCUUUGUGUGGGAAGCCUCAGUAGGGAUUUAUAGCACCCGAGCAAGCCAGGAGGUGUAGUGCUGCAGCAGCACCCACGGUGCGGUCGAGCCAGUUCACAUGCGAGUCACGCCUGCUGCCAGGAGCCGGAGAACAGCGACACUGGGGCUUCACCAAGUGAUGAGUACAGACGUCAAAGGGGCCUUAUGAAUAUUGAUGUGGAGGCUCAGGUUGCUUUCGUAAAGGAGCAGAAGGAAGCAAGAUGGCUGCCCUUUAGGAUUUGUUAGCAAGGGGAGCAGGCUGCAUUUGCUGGAUUGCUGCAAGGCUGAGGGACAUAAAGAGAUACGUUAAAAGGGCAGCCUUGUGGAUGGCCCCGGAGCAGGCCAGAUGGAACAGGAUAGAACCACCCAUGUUGAUGGCAAUAGAUUGAGUCCAUUUUUAAUACCACAUCCUUCUCAUGUUUGCCAUGUGGAGCCCUUGACGGUGAAGCUGCAGAAUGGAAGUCCAUUGACAGAGAGAACCCAUGCUGAAGUAAAUGGUGACCAUAAGUGGCUACUUUUAAAGAACAACUAUGGAAUACCUCAUGUGAAGGGAAACCCAAAUAACCGUACCAGCCCUGAUCUCCUACAGGAAAAGAGAGUGUAUUCCAAGUAUAUGCAAAAUGGUGGGAUAAAACGCACUUUUAGUGAGCCUUCUCUAUACGGUCUUCAUCAGAACAAGAAAAUUAAACAAGAUGAAGAGGUCAAUGGUGAACAAGAUGAACCAGAAGAAAAAAAUGGAAAAACAACCGUCUCCAAUUCAUGCAGUGAGAAGAAAUCUGUGAGUUUUACUGGACAAGAAAAUGCAGCUUCUGAUGUUACACAGUCUUCAAGAGGAAACUGUGAUGGUUCAGAAAAUCCUGAAGAUCUCCAGAUUCAGAAUGAGCAAGAGAGAGAAAAUAUGACUUGCCACAACAAGGACAUUGUCUUACUACUUAAGAACAAGGCGGUGCCAAUGCCUAAUGGUGCUACAGUUUCUGCCUCUUCCAUGGAAAACAUGAGUGGUGAACUCCUGGAAAAAACACUGUCUCAAUAUUAUCCAGACCAUGUUUCCAUUGCAAUGCAGAAAAACACAUCUCACAUAAAUGCCAUUAACAGUCAGGCUACUAAUGAGUUGUCCUAUAUGACAACACAUUCAUCCCAUACCUCAGGGCAGAUCAUUUCCCCACAGACCUCAAACUCUGAGCUGCCUCAAGUGCCAGCUGUAGUGGCUACUGAGGUCUACAAUAUGGGAGACUCCAGUAAACCACCUGUAUUACCAGGUAGCUAUUCACUUCAAAAAUCGGAACUACAGCAGCAAAACACUGGCUAUGAUACACACCAGUUAGCCAUCGGAAAUAGGAGCGUUCAGAGACACAUGGGACAGCUACCCAACCAAGAUCUCGCUCUAAGUUCCAGCAGUAAUCUGCAAGCUCGAAACAAUAGCCUGGAAACAGAGCAAGCAGAAAAAAAUGGUGCUUUUUUUAAACACAACUCAAUGUUCAGUAAGGAUUCCUUCACCCCUCCCCCUGCUUCUGCUCCUCCUCCUCCAGAUCCAGAAAUGAACAGCACUCUGUCCAUUGGGGUUACAGAAGGGCAUCACCCCUGUGACCACAGAAAUGUUGAAAAUCUCCCCAGAGAAGUGAAGAAUGAAGGGCAGCAGGAGGGACGGGUGACCAAGAGUCCUGGCCUUGCCCAGCAACAACCUAAGCCUCAACCGAAGCUUCCACAGAAGCCUGAGGUGUCACAACAGGAUGGCGGUGAAAGUGAUCUGCCAACUGCCACAAUGACCUCCAUUCAGCAAUGCACAGAAGAAACAAAGCCAACGUCAGAGCCUCACAUCCAAGAUCUGCAGGUAGCUGGGAGACAUGGAGAGUUGCUGCGAAACUCUCAGCUGCUCCUGGGACAAAAAAACCAGGCGACUCUUCCUGACAAAGGAAAAGACCAAGUGAAGCAGCCGACCCAACAUUAUCCAACGCCAGGUUGGAUAGAAUUAAUUUCCACUCAUUUUCGCCACAGAGACCCCCCUCAGAAGCCCAAUGAGGCUUUACUGAGGUCAAUUCUUCAGUUCCAAGCAAAUCCAAUGGAACAGGUGCAUUCAGACCAGUAUCCUGGGAAUCCUGAUGCAUUAAAAGGGCCUUCAGGACAGCCCCAUAGUGAGAAAACAAUACAACAGGAACCAAUGCCUCAGCUGUACAAAAGUGAGGCACCCCAACGGCCGCUCCAUCCUAUAGCUGAGCAGCAGCUGCAAAUCCAGAAGCACUCUCCCCAGCCACAGCUCACAGAGAUGAAGUCUCUAGUGAAGGCCCAUGUGCAGCAACACCAUGUGCAGCAGCUUCAUUUCCAAGCCAGACAAGAACAGCAAACUGAGCAGUCUUUGGGGACCCUGUUAAAACAGCAGCACUUGAAUCUCCAGGCAACAGAGAAGGAACAAUUCGUACAUUCAAACAUUUUACAACAAAUGUUGCAGAAACCGGCACAGCAGACACAAGUGUCACGCAGUCCACAGCAGUUAACCCCAAAUCACCAUCCCCAGCCAGCCCUGCAAAUGAAAAGCAAAGAACUGUCUCAGCCCUUUUCCCAACUCCAAAGCAACAAUGAACAGCGACUAGAUGGGGUAUCCUACGCUCAGUUUAAACCAGAAGAACGUUUUCAAACAGAGACUACAUGUAUAAAAACAACUGAGUUCCCUCCUACCCCUCAGCUCGGACUAGAGCAGGAACAAAGUAUCAACAAUAAAACUUCCCUUUACAAUCAGAUCCUGAAAACAAAUACUCAUCUACAGCGUCCUGGCCAUGUGCACUUGGUUUCUGAGAAGAAGGAAAACACCAUAAGUGCUGAACUCUUGGGACUAAAGAAAAGGCAAGACUUACAAUAUAUGCAAUAUUACCCAAAUAGCAUGGCCCCUAAGCAAGAUGUGCAGCAUCGCUUUCAAGAACAAGAGCACCAAACUCAGCAGGCUUCCGCUAUGCAGCUACCCCUCCAACAACCUGAACGAUGUGGUGGGAAUUUGAAACAAGAUCUUCCUGGUCAGCAAGCUACACCAAUUCAGCAAAGGUACUUACCCCACAGCCAACAUGCUCUCCCACAAGACCAGAGAGGAUGUCACCCUCUGUCUCAGACCCACAAAGAUUUUCAAAACCAUGCUGCUCUCAGGUGGCAUCUCUUACAAAAGCAAGAGCAGCAUAUGCACCAACAACCCAAACCUGAAAUUUGUGCCAGUGUAAUGCGCAAGCCUAUAAAAGUUGAGGCUGGCUCAAAGUCUAAUGUCUGCAUGCAUCUAUCAACUGGACAGCUGGAAAACAAAACGUGGAAAAAAAUAAUUAAACAAGAGAAUCAGCACUUCGGUUGUGAGAACCUGCAACAAAAGAGUAUCAUUGAGACAAUGGAACAGCAACUGAAACAAAUUCAGGUCAAAUCACUGUUUGAUCACAAAGCUCUUACUAUCAAAUCACCUAAGCAUGUGAAGGUUGAAACAGCAGGCCCCAUCACAAUCCUAUCAAGAAAUUCGACUGCUGCAGAAUUUGAGAGCCACGCUUCAGCCUUAGAUCACCAUGCAAUUCCUUCAGCUGAGAAAACCCCAACGAAAAGAACAGCUGGAUCUGUUCUCAAUAAUUUUUUAGAGUCACCUUCCAAGUUAUUGGAUACUCCUGUAAAAAAUUUAUUGGACACACCUGUCAAAACCCAGUAUGAUUUCCCAUCAUGCAGUUGUGUUGAACAAAUUAUUGAAAAAGACGAAGGUCCUUUCUAUACCCAUCUAGGAGCCGGUCCUAAUGUGGCAGCUAUUAGAGAAAUCAUGGAAGAAAGAUUUGGACAGAAGGGUAAAGCUAUAAGGAUUGAGAGGGUCAUCUAUACUGGAAAAGAAGGCAAAAGUUCUCAAGGCUGUCCUAUUGCUAAAUGGGUAGUUCGUAGAAGUAGCGAUGAAGAAAAGCUGCUUUGCUUGGUGCGGGAACGAGCUGGCCAUACUUGUGAAACCGCAGUGAUAGUGAUCCUUAUCCUGGUAUGGGAGGGGAUUUCCCUGAGUCUGGCAGACAAGCUGUAUUCUGAACUCACCGACACUCUAAGGAAGUACGGCACACUCACAAACCGACGGUGCGCCCUGAAUGAAGAACGGACUUGUGCAUGUCAAGGGCUAGACCCUGAGACUUGUGGUGCUUCUUUUUCCUUUGGUUGCUCCUGGAGUAUGUACUACAACGGGUGCAAGUUUGCCAGAAGCAAGGUCCCAAGGAAGUUUAAGCUGCUGGGAGAUGAUCCAAAAGAGGAAGAAAAGCUAGAGUCCAAUUUGCAAAGCCUAUCAACUCUAAUGGCACCUACCUACAAGAAACUUGCACCAGAUGCAUAUAACAACCAGAUUGAGUAUGAACACAGAGCGCCAGAAUGCCGUCUUGGUUUAAAAGAAGGUCGUCCAUUCUCAGGGGUCACUGCCUGCCUGGAUUUUUGUGCUCAUGCUCACAGAGACUUGCACAAUAUGCAGAAUGGGAGUACAUUGGUGUGCACACUCACCAGAGAAGACAAUCGUGAAAUUGGCCAGAUGCCAGAAGAUGAACAGCUGCAUGUACUCCCAUUGUACAAAGUCUCUAAUGUGGAUGAGUUUGGAAGUAGUGAAGGCCAGGAAGAGAAAAAGAAGAAUGGCAGCAUCCAAGUCCUCAGCUCCUUUAGGCGCAAAGUAAGGAUGCUGGCAGAACCUGUUAAGACAUGCAGGCAAAAGAAGUUAGAAGCCAAGAAAGCGGCAGCAGAAAAGCUUUCAUCCUCGGAGAAUAGCUCUAGCAAAGCUGAAAAAGACAAAUCUGCAGGGGCACGCCACAAACAAGCCAGCUCGGAGGCUGCAAGUCAUGCAAAACAGUUAGCAGAUCUUUUACGUCUUUCAGGACCAGCCCCGCUACAACAGCAGCAACAUCAACAACGUACUCGCACUAACAGCCCUCAGUCAAAUCCUAUAAACUCUUACACUGGUUCAAGUCCUGCAAAUCUUUAUAUGAGGCUGCCUAAUACAGCUAAUGCUUAUCCAAGCUCUUCAUAUACUUCAGAUCUCUAUGGAGGGUCCAACACCAUGAACCUUUAUACAACCUCAUCACAGCCUGCAGGGUCUUAUUUGAAUUCUUCCAAUCCUAUGAACCCUUAUUCAGGAUCAUUAAGUCAAAAUAACCAAUAUCCACCUUACCAAUGCAAUGGAAACAUGCCAAUGGACAACUGCCCCUCCUACUUGGGUUCUUACCCUUCACAACCUCAACACUUGGACUUGUAUAGGUAUCAGAGCCAAGACCCUUUAUCUAAAUUAAGUCUGCCACCCAUUCAUACACUAUACCAGCAUAGAUUUGGGAAUAACCAGAGUUUUGGUCCCAAGUACUUGAAUUAUGGAAACCAAAAUAUGCAGGUAGACUCUUUCAAUAAUUGCACCAGUAGACCAAAUGUACAUCAUACAGGGUCUUUUUCCCCUUACUCCACCCACGAGGCUGACAGCCACUUUAUGGAUGUUGCCUCCAGAUUAAAAUCUAAUUUUACUAAUCCAAGUGUGAACUAUACUUCCAUAAAUAAAAAUGGUGAACCUCACCUACACCCACCUUCACAUUUAGCACAUGAUUACCACUCAGCUUCAAAUAUAUUCAGUGGUCCUCCUCAUUCACUACAUCUCCAAAAUAAGGAUAGUGAAAUGACUUCACACAUAGCUAAUGGGUUGUCUAAUAUGCUUCCAGGUCUUAACCAUGAUAGGACUAUUCCUCAACAUGGUUUAAAUAAAAGUGAUAGUCUGAAUCCAGAAAAAGCAGAGGAUCCCGAAGAUGUCUGGUCAGAUAGCGAGCACAGCUUUCUGGAUCCAGAUAUUGGAGGAGUGGCAGUUGCUCCAUCUCAUGGGUCAAUUCUCAUUGAAUGCGCAAAACGUGAGCUCCAUGCAACGACCCCCUUGAAAAAUCCCAACAGGAACCAUCCUACCAGGAUAUCACUUGUCUUCUAUCAACACAAGAGUAUGAAUGAGCCAAAACAUGGUCUGGCUCUGUGGGAGGCAAAGAUGGCUGAGAAGGCAAGAGAAAAAGAAGAGGAGUGUGAAAAAUACGGUCCUGACUACGUGCCUCAAAAAUCAUAUGGCAAAAAAUCAAAGCGGGAGCCUAUUGAAUCACACGAACCCUCAGAACCAACAUAUAUGCGCUUUGUCAAGUCUCUUGCACAAAGGACUAUGUCAGUCACCACAAAUUCCACAGUAACUACAUCUCCAUAUGCCUUUACACGGGUUACAGGGCCUUACAACAGAUAUAUAUAACUUCAUACAUUUUUUGGUUACCUCAUUUUAAAAAACAACUUGUCGACAGAAUAGUCAUUUAGGUUG